AUUACACUCAACAUAAAAAUUGUUUGUGUUAAAUAAACAGCAAAUAAGAAAAUGUUUUUAACUACGAAUAUAACUAUUUCCUGUUAACUAGAGGAAUAUAUGAUUUUUUAUAUAAAUUUGUAACCCAUUUCAUACGGAGCACAGAGGGUUGCGUUGGCUUAAUCAAUACUCAAGCGCAGUGUUAUGCCUAUCUCAAUUGGAUUCUCCAUCUUUUUCGAUAUCUCACGCAUAUUUGGCUCGAACAAUGUUGGCGAUAACGACGAUGAGCACUCGCAUUGGCGGCGACACGCUCAAUACCUCAAUUUGUUGAUAUUCACACUCAUUUUUCUAACCACUUUGGUGCUGAUACGUAUUGACGACUAUGCCACAGCGAUUGAAUAAUUCACAAUCGUUGAUCUUGCACCGCUUAGCCAGUAUAAAAGCCAGCCAGCGGCUGCUCAGCAGUUUAGUUUACGUGCGGCGCUCUUCAAGCGCGUGAGUUUCUUUCAAUAAGUUGUUUGGUGAUUUCGGAAAGUGGUUACAACUUUUUUGAAAUUUUUCUAAAAAAAUUUACUCAACAUGAAAAUUCUAAUCGUUGCGCUUUUUGCCACAUUAGCGCUUCAGAGUGCGUUGGCAAAUGUGAAAGAGGAGAUCACCGCUACUGAGUAUAUUCAGAAUCUGAACAAAGAGAUUGCUCGUCGCACAAACAUCGAGACGGAAGCCAACUGGGCCUAUGCAUCCAACAUCAAUGCGGAGAAUGAGCGCAAGAAGAAUGAGGUCUCCGCGGAAGUGGCCAAAUUCAUGAAGGAGGUAGCAACGGAUUUGCGCAAAUUCAAUUGGCAGACCUUUAAAUCGGACAAUUUGCGUCGCCAAUUUAAAAUGCUCUCUAAACUGGGUUAUGCCGCACUCGACGAAGCUGAUUACGCUGAAUAUUUGGAAGUGAUGUCGACUAUGGAGUCGAACUUCGCUAAAGUACGUGUUUGCGACUAUAAAAAUGCCACCAAAUGCGAUCUGUCGUUGGACCCGGAAAUCGAAGACAUCAUUACGACUAGCCGCGACCCGGAAGAGCUGAAAUAUUAUUGGCGCGAAUUUUACGAUAAGGCCGGUACUGCUGUGCGCGGUGCUUUCGAGAAAUAUGUGGAGCUGAACACGAAGGCAGCCAAGCUAAACAAUUUCAAAUCUGGUGCUGAAUUGUGGCUCGAUGAGUACGAGGAUGAUACCAUUGAGAAGCAGCUGGAAGACAUUUUCGAUGAAUUGCGUCCGCUUUAUCAGCAGGUGCACGGUUACGUGCGUUAUCGUCUCCGUCAACACUACGGCGAUGCUGUCGUGUCUGAGAAGGGACCCAUUCCAAUGCACUUGUUGGGUAACAUGUGGGCUCAACAAUGGUCCAGUGUUGCUGACAUUAUCUCGCCAUUCCCCAAUAAGCCACUUAUUGAUGUUACCGAAGAGAUGGUUGCACAAGGUUACACACCAUUGAAAAUGUUUCAACUGGGCGAUGAUUUCUUCCAAUCGAUGAACCUCACUAAGCUCCCACAAGAUUUCUGGGAUAAGAGUAUUUUGGUGAAGCCUGAUGAUGGUCGCGAUUUGAUUUGCCAUGCCAGCGCUUGGGAUUUCUAUAUUGUCGAUGAUGUGCGCAUUAAGCAGUGCACGCGAGUGACGAUGGAUCAAUUGUUUACCGUUCAUCAUGAAUUGGGCCACAUCCAAUACUUCUUGCAAUACCAACACUUGCCCUUCAUCUAUCGCACUGGUGCUAACCCCGGUUUCCAUGAAGCUGUAGGUGAUGUGCUCUCACUUUCAGUAUCUACACCGAAACAUUUGGAGAGUAUUGGUCUUUUGAAGAACUACAAACGCGAUGAUGAAGCCCGCAUUAAUCAAUUGUUUUUGGCGGCUCUUGAUAAGAUUGUCUUCCUGCCUUUCGCAUUUACUAUGGAUAAAUACCGUUGGGCUUUGUUCCGUGGUGAAGUGGACAAGAAGAACUGGAACUGUGCUUUCUGGAAAUUGCGUGAGGAAUAUUCUGGCAUUGAACCACCAGUAGUUCGCUCUGAAAACGACUUUGACGCGCCAGCUAAAUACCACGUGUCCGCCGAUGUUGAGUACUUGAGAUAUUUGGUUUCGUUCAUCAUUCAAUUCCAAUUCUACAAGUCCGCUUGCAUCAAAGCUGGUCAGUACGAUCCCACCAACCCGGAAUUACCUUUGGACAACUGUGAUAUUUAUGGCAGCUUUGAAGCAGGUCAAGCCUUCAAAAAUAUGCUCUCAUUGGGUGCCUCUAAACCUUGGCCGGAUGCAUUGGAGGCCUUCAAUGGCGAACGUACAAUGAGUGGCAGCGCUAUCGCAGAGUAUUUCGAACCUCUUCGUGUAUGGUUGGAGGCGGAGAAUAAGAAGAACAAUGUGCACAUCGGCUGGACGACAUCUGAUAAAUGUGUUUCCUCGUAAGCUCGGCGUGCUCUUAACAAGUUGAUGCAAAUAACAUUUUUGCUUUUUUUGGCGUUCAGUUUGAGUAUUAAACAAUUUCAUUUCCUUAAAUUUUUGUAAAAUUUAUUUUGACAAAAAUUCAGUAUUAAAAAUGAUAAAUAUAUUAAA